AUGGCAGGGAGCUUCCUCGCAUACCAUGAACCCGGCAUUGUCGAUAUUUUGAUUAUAUUGUCUUUCUUUUUCUUUCUGUCUCUCGCUGAAUGGUUUUCUGCGAAGAUCAUUCGUGCAGGGAUUAUUGGUCAAAUCGCCGUUGGUAUCAUAUAUGGAGAGCCGUUGGCCAAUAUCUUGAAAGGACCAUGGCAGGAGACGUUUCUCGCGGUCGGUUAUAUCGGAUUGAUUUUGAUCAUUUUUGAAGGUGGCCUGCAGAUACGCCUUGAUCUCUUGAAAAAGAACUUCCUUCUCAGUGUUCUAGGGGCCGCCACAGGUGUUUGCUUUCCUAUCGGUCUUUCCUAUCUUCUGUUGUACCUGGGGUUUGGAUUCGGCGCCGUGGAGACAUUUAUCGCCGGGGCGGCGCUCUCUGCAACUUCGCUAGGGACAACAUUCUCGGUCAUUUCAUCAGCUUCCAAAGAGGUGGAUCUUUCCCAGACUAUGGUGGGCUCAGUUCUUGUCAGUGCAGCUGUUAUUGACGAUGUCGUCGGCCUUGUGUUGGCUAGUGUCAUUCAUGACUUGGGCGAGCUUUCAACUCCCGGGGCAGGGGAUGUUAAUCUUGGCUGGGUUAUUGGGCGCCCAAUUGUAGCCUCUGCUGCCAUGGCGAUUGCAACUCCAGUCCUCACAAAAUUCGUAUUCGCGCCCAUUUUCCGGCGUUGGAUCGAGCACACCUUUGCGAAAUACGAUCAUCUAUCUAACAUCACUUUGAUGGUUCUGGUUUUAUCUGCCUUCAUAACCAUCGCAGCUUAUGCCGGGACUUCGGUUUUGUUCGGGGCAUUUCUAGCGGGCACAUUUCUCACUUACUUACCCAGCAAGCACCCCGAUGGCCCCUUCGUUGUCAUGAGUCGCGAGGAAGGGGAGCGAGAAGCUGACAAAAGCCCUACAUUUGUGCACACAUUUGAGAGAUACCUUCUCGACGUUCAAAAAUAUUUGAUGGAGCCGCUCUUCUUCGCCAGUGUCGGUUUCGCAAUUCCGUUCUUGAAACUCUGGACGGGAAAGAGAAUAUGGAGAGGAAUAGUGUAUUCUCUACUCAUGGCGUUUGCGAAGUUUAUUGUUGGUAUAUGGAUUCCUAUUUGGGAAGCUUUGUACUCCAAGUCCUCGUCGAAGGGACCGGUGAUCGGUCAGCAAGAAAGUACCCGUCGAGGACAGAACCAUUCAUCCAGUAUCAAAGAAAAGAAGCAAGACUAUGGUGCUGCAUCGAUCGCCGGCUUUCUUCUUGGUUCGGCGAUGGUAGCACGGGGUGAAAUUGGGCUUCUGAUCAUUGAGAUUGGCUAUAACGAAACCAGCUAUGUAAGUCAGGAGGGAUUCAUCACUGCAGUGUGGGCGAUUCUUCUCAACACAAUAAUCGGGCCAAUCGCUGUGGGCUAUCUGGUGAAAUUCUAUGGUCAACGGAUUGGGGAGGGCAAGUGGGGCCUGCAGGGCGUUGCCCCAGGAGCAGUGAAUGAUACUAGAGAUCACGCCUGA